GAAUUUGAUACUAUGCCCACUUUCAUCAGCCCAAAUCAUGAGUUCAAUUCAUACACCUCUCUGCAUCUUCAUCAACUCUUUAAAUACACCCACCACCACAUUCCAUUUUGCAGGGUGUCAAUAGAUUGUAAUCCUUUUGGAAAUCCAUUCUAAUUCUCUUCAAUUUUUACUGAACCCUAGAAACUUGAUUUCGGAUUUGCUCGAAUGGCUUCGAAGAGAAUAUUGAAGGAGCUCAGGGAUUUGCAGAGAGAUCCACCAACUUCAUGUAGUGCAGGUCCUGUGGCCGAGGAUAUGUUUCAUUGGCAAGCAACAAUCAUUGGUCCAAAUGAUAGUCCUUACUCAGGUGGUGUAUUUGUUGUGACUAUCCAUUUUCCACCUGAUUAUCCCUUCAAACCUCCAAAGGUUGCCUUCAGGACCAAAGUGUUCCACCCAAAUAUAAACAGCAAUGGUAACAUCUGCUUGGACAUUCUCAAGGAGCAAUGGAGUCCAGCACUCACCAUAUCCAAGGUUUUGCUGUCGAUAUGUUCACUUCUGACAGAUCCGAACCCUGAUGACCCACUUGUUCCUGAGAUUGCUCAUAUGUGCAAGAGUGACAAAGUCAAAUAUGAGUCAACGGCUCGGAGCUGGACCCAUAAGUAUGCCAUGGGAUAAGUGACUCAUUUAUAUAAGUGACUCCUUUCUUAAUUACCAUUAUUAUUAAUACACCCAGCUUCUCUUUUUCUAAAUAAAUGGCUGGGAACUCCUUUUGGAGUAAAAUUUCAACAUGAGUGUUGCUUUCUUGCUUGCAAGAAAGAAUUUUUUAUGGAUGAGAAAUGGCAAAUCCUGCUCCGUCUUGUACCUUUUAUGAAUUAUGAUCAUAUAGACAUAUCUACUGGAAAUAAAUUCUCUGUCUGGUGAAUGAAUUAAUAUCCCAUCAGC